AUGUCAAAGUACGUUUUGGGGCAGGUGACAGACGAGGAGAAGAGGCUAUGUGACAAUGCUGAUGGAGUCGUGCGCCUGUAUGUGAUCAAGCCAUCGGAUAUCAAGGAUAAAUGGGUUGGAAACAGCGAGAAGAACGUAAAGAGGCUCUUUGGGCACCUUAGAAGCGAUUUGAAGCCGUAUCACGUGAAUAUCGCAUUCUUUGACGAGGGUGAAGCACUUUUUGGAAGCAGAAAGAACAUGCGAAAAGAGGAUACAACGGGGGCUGGGAUCAUGCAGGAGUUUUUGACGCAGAUCAGCGCCAUCAGCGAGGACUUCCAGGCCUCCUUCAUCUUCGCAGCCACGAACAUGAAGGAGAUGAUCGAUCCAGCCAUUUUCAGGCGAUUCUCCAACAAGAUCUAUUUUAAGAAUCCUGAUUCAAUCAUCAGGAAGAAAUACAUUGAGCAUUUCAUCAAGAAAUAUAACGCAUCAGAUGCAGAUAUAACUCGACUGACGCAGGUUACGCACAACAGGUCGUUCUCAUUCAUCGAAUCACUGCUUACGAAGUUCAAGAACUACGAUGCUGAUGGAAACUUCCUGAAAUUCAACACGGCUGGUGCUGAACAGUACAUAAGAGGCGUUGAGGAUAUGGAGAAAGAGGAAUUUAGGAGAUAA